UACGCCGUGGGCUGCAUUCACAAACACGUAUAUAUUUUGCGUUUCCAAAUGUUCGUACCGGUUUAUCAAAUGAUAGAGUGCAGGAAAGGGGCCACAUUGUUUUGAACGCAUCUUGGGUAACAGUGACAUCAAGGAGUUGCCUUCUCUAAACAGCAUCAAAUUUAUGACCACUGCAAACUAAAGAGAUUUUAUACAUAGAAGUGGUCAAAUCAGAGCGUAAAGGAGUUAUAACACAUUAUGUAGGUGUAGUAAACGUUAAUAAUGUUGGUUUUCAUUUGAGGUCUAAUCUACGGAUGGACGCUGACUGGCGGCUGAGACAUCCCUCUAGUCCGCGGUGAGCCAGACGAGGCGGGACAGGGAUGAUGGAGCGGUCGGACAGGGCCCCUCUGCUGGACUGGGAGGAGGCUCCAUCGGCGGAGAAGCCCGGAGGAGACGCUCCCGAUGACCGACUGUCGAGUCCCUCCAACACCCGCUCUGUCGCGUCUGGGUUUGGGUGGAGCAGCGGGCAGGGGGGUCCCAGUAACCCACCGGUCACUGACCAAGCCCUGCGCCCGGACGAGGAGGGCUAUCUGUCGGACUCAGCCGCCAGGGAGGUGGCCUUAGAAGACAGCAUGGUGAAAUGGGAGGAAAAAGACCAAAUAGUGUCUGUCUUCGUGGUUACAUUCAACACAAGAACAGGCAACAUGCUGGAAUGGUGCCUACCCAAAGACAUGGACCUGGAGGGAGUGGAGUUCAAGGCCAUAGCCAGUGGAUCUCAUCGGGUGUCCACAGACUUCAUCUACUUCCGAAAGGGCAGCUACUUCGGCCUGGCUUGCUUUGCCAACAUGGCGGUGGAGAGUACAGUUGAGCGAGGGGCCAGGAUGAAGUCUGUGGGCAUCCUGUCUCCUUCAUACACUCUUCUCUACAGGUACAUGAGCUUCCUGGAGCAUCAGGUCAGACUUCAGCUGCAGACUCCAGGCCACUACUCCCCUCUAGAGGCUUUUUAUGAAGAUAAGAGAGCAGUUCUACCCCCUGGUGGUGACGGGAUUGUUACUGCAUGUCCAGCAAAUGCCUGGGGGGCAGUCAUCAAUCACAGUAUGCACCCUGAAAUGAAGAUAACUCACCCUGCGGGCUGCAUGUCUCAAUUCAUCCGUUUUUUUGGGGAGCAAAUCAUGGUGCUGUGGAAACUGGCUCUGCUCCGUAGACGCAUCCUCAUCUUUUCUCCUCCACCUGUGGGAGUGGUCUGUUACCGAGUUUAUUGUUGCUGCUGUCUGGCCAACAUCUCCAUCCCUGGGAUUGGAGUUGCAGUUCCCGAGUUUAGGCCAUUUUUCUAUGUAAAUGUGGCUGAUAUCAGUGCACUGGAAAAUGAGCUCUCCUACGUCGCUUGCACUACUGAGAAGAUCUUUGAGGAGAAGAAGGAUCUGUAUGAUGUUUAUGUGGACAAUCAAAAUGUGAAGACAUACAGAGAAGGACUGAAGCCACUGCUCCGACUCAGCGCAGCAGACAAGGACAAGUACCACAAACUCACUGAACAAAGGCAAAUGUUGCUAUACUCUCAAGAGGAGACUGGAGACUGUGUUUCCAGUGAAGAGGAUCUAUUUAUUCUAUUCUUCUUGGAGCAGAACAACCGUAUUUUCCAGACGCUGAGCGAAGUUGCCAAUAGCACUGAGCCCACCCUGACCCAGGAGACAGUGAGGGCGAUGGGGCUGGACCCUCACGGAGACCGGCUGUUCCUGCUCCACUUGCUGGAGAUCUAUGGCUAUGACACACUGCUUGUAUCUGAACAACUCUGCUGCAGCUGAGAAACCAUCGGUCAAAUGAAGAGGAGUUUUGCCUUGAUUUUGUACUGCACUGGCAUUCCUGGAGUCUUCUGUCUGGGGCACUAGGAAAGUUUAUCGAAUCAUUAUAACUAUGUCUAAUAGGUUGCGUUCAUGUAAUAUCACAACAUUUUACGAUGACUGUAGUUUAAAAUUGAGGUGGAGGACAGGUCAGAAUUCUAUGGUGGAAUUUGCUGUGUAACUGUCAGAUUGCAGAUUUAUAGACCUGGUUCAUGGUUCUGUGUACUGGGCCUAUCACCUAGAAACAAUAACUAGCACAAAAAGUCUUGCCCUUAUUCAACACUUCUGCAAGUUUUGUGGAAUCAGUCCCCUAGAAAUUAUGUUCAACAUUUGUGGAUCAUAAGUUUUGAUAUUCUUUCAAAAACAGUAAAUUUCCCAUAGUUAUAUAGGCCCCUGCCCUCCAUAUGAAAUUAUGACAUUGUCAGUGAACACAACCUAUUAGGGAGUUGUUCUGUUGUCUCUUGCUGGAAAUCAGUUGUAGUUAGUUGGUUAACUUCUUAGAAAACCAAAACAAGAUUUUAAUUAUUUAUUAGUUUUAUUAAUUUAUUUCCCACUUCAGAUCAUGUUUAGCUAAAUCGCAGAGUUUACAAGUAUAUAGUCUAUCGCACAAAUUAACCCUUAACUUUCGGUUUAAACCUUUGCUGAUUUCUAGCAACAGGUCUUCUUUGUCUUUGGUGUCCUGGCUUUUAUGAUUAGACAUCAAGCUAUUAACAACUAAAAGCAAGCCGGGUGCAGGUAGAUUUAAAAAUUGUUGGGAUCAAAAACUGAAGAUGUAAGAUUGCCUUGUUUGUAAAGUUGAAGUUGAGAGAAAGGUAGCCAUUUUGUAAAUAUUUUUUGUACAGUGUGUCAGCCUCUCUGUGUGUGUGUGUGAUAUGGGUUUUCCUCUUUGUACAAAAAGUGCUGGAAAUCACAUUGAACUUAAUGCCUCUUUGUCCAAAUCAGGUCCUCACUAGUUGAACUGUAGUAUAUUGUAUGGUCAAACUGCCUUCACAAGCCAUGUCUGUAAACACUACAUUACUGCUGCAGGAUAUGUUUAGCUCAAAGUGUAAUUGUUGUGACUGGAAGAAUGCAUCUGGAAUAGAAAGUACUACAAUUAGAUGGAGACACACUGUUGGCUGGGCCUACAGUACGAAUGGGAUGUUAACGUGUAUGUGUUAGAACAUACACAAAUCAUGUUAUUUCACCAUCACCAGUGCUUGACUGCUAUACAUAAUUUGAAUGUAAAAUAAUUAAUAUACAUUUUAGUUCAACACAAGUGGGUCUUAAAUUAAGUACAUUUACUACCAAGUGCAGACCUGAAAGUGUUUUGCAUUUAGCCACUCAAAAUCUCUGAAAAUCAUACACAUUAAGGAUUUUUAUACAUAUUUCCCCCCAGAUGUUUACACAGUAUUGGUCUUAUAUCUUGGUCUUAUAUUAGAAGCAAUAUAUAGUUUAGCUGUUAUAUUUAUGCUUAUCAUACAAAUAAGAGAAGAGAGGAACAUUAAGGUGCGAACACUACAAUGUUACUGACUGCUUUGAAAUAAUUGCCAAGGGAUUUUAAAGUCAUUUUAAUCAUGGGUAUUACAAGAAAGGACGAUGAAUGCACCUUUUAUCAAAUCUUUUUAUAACAAAUACACCUCAACAAUGACCUACUUUAUGUCCUGAACUUCACAUGUUGUGCUUAUUACUAUGUGGCUCCUGCACAACACGUUUUUGUAUCAUUUUAAUAUUUUGUCAUAUGCAUUUGUUGUAAAUAUUUGUUUUGUAAUGUGAAGAAAUGGAAUAAGCUGAUUGUGUUCUAUAUUAUGAUCCUUGUCAGAGGUUGAAAGACAUACAAUUUUACUCAAGUGGUUUGCCCAGUAUCUUUUCUGGUAACAUAAGGAACAAAAUCUUUCAAAUUGUGAGUAAAUGGAUAGCAUUUUUACACUGACCGUCACAAGAUUCUUGAUUUGUAAAAUGGCAAAAAUGUUAUUGGAUGGUAUUAUGUUAUAUUUUAUUUAAAUUGAAAUGUGUGUUUGUGCUUUGCAAUUUUACUUUUACUUAAGUUAUGUUAUUAUUUACACUUGUGUGUUUAAUGUCAUUAUUUCCACCUCUGUGUCCCGAUAUCCACUUGAACACAAAUACAAACAAUGUACAGAUUUUUGUUGGACCAUUGAUAAACACAACCAGUUAAAACAUGUUUAUUUGAGAAUGUUUUACAGUAAAAUAAAUAAAGUGCAUUUCCACUAGUAACAAACACA